UCGACCCUCAAUCGGUGGCUGGUGCAUACUGGUCGGAAACUCUCGAUACAGACCUUGUCAACACUGCGACAGUGCCACCGUCGGACUGGCCAAUUUCCUGACUGGGCGGCCAAGCCGGUUACUUCCACACCGCGUUCCUGCAUCAUGAUUCAUGGCGCCUACUAUAAUGUCACUUCGUGUUCCAACUGUUACACGGCAGAUUACUCAAACCUGGUCUAUGCUGGUCUAGGAGAAUAGACAUGGUGGACUGACGGAGCAGACCUUGUGGACCAGCACCGUAAAAUUGAACCACGAGGCAGCCUGCAGGCUCCUGCGGCUGGCCUGAAGGCUGAAACGUCCAUAUUAGAAAUCGAACGUUGUUAUUGGCACUGUGCACGGCCCGCAAAACUAUUGUUCUACUACUCUUUCGCCUGCUAGUAGACGUUCUGGAGUCUGGACUCGCCUCAACUUCAAUACCUCGAAUCGUUGAUGAGCAUGCCUAAACAAUACAUCCGCCGCAGCAUGUUCAAGUUCAUUUCCUGGUUGGGGCUCAUUAUCAGGGCGGCUGCAUCUCGCUCAUACAUAAGUGUCCUUUCUGACCUUCUGCGGCUGAUUCGACGCUGGUGGCAAGCCGCCAUUAGUAGAGCAGAUAGACUUUGUCGAGAGCGGGGUUUACUAGCGUUGAGCUCUCGGCAAACUGAACAAGACAAGUUGACAACUUCUGUGACCCUCGCUGUACCGCUACUUCAAGCACCUCUACAUGACGAAGGGUGCCGACCUGGAACCAACGUUCAGAUUCAAACCCCGGGGCUUGACGAAGGGUUGCAUCCCGUAGCUUUCAAUGCCCAGUCCCCCCGGAACUCAUGUUCACCAUUGAUGCCAAGCUCCGGGUCUGAGCCCAGCAUCUACACCACUCCACCACAGUCUCCGGUUCCAGGGCAGUCCCCUGGCAUCACUUUAACCCCCAUUACACCCAGCCAGAUCAGGCGAAACGACAGGGAAGCAAAGAUUCGAAAUGAUUAUGUAGUGUUUGAGGUCGCGAAAGGUCCUUUGGACUGUUCAGAGGAGCUUGCUCCAGUAGCAGGAUGGGAGCCGCUCACCCACCCGUCAGGGGCUUUGUUUUUCUAUCAGCCAUAUAAAAGAGUUUUCACUGACGUUGAUGUUCGAGACCCUGAAACUGCGGCCAAAAUGUCCAAGGCUGCUGAGAAGGCAUACAAAGAAGCGUGGAAUGCAGACAUCGCCUUGCUUCCGUCCGUCGAGUUAGCGUUGGAGCUCAUGUUGGGGGAUAGCAACACCAUCGGCUACUAUUUUGUUGAUCACGACAGACGAGUCAUUUUCUGGUUCGAAGCCCACAAAUCGAUUCACCUCAUGCUUGAUGUUCGAGGUGUAGAACGCAAAAGCCACGUCAAGUAUGCACUAGAAAGCGAAUACUGGGGACAUAUAAAUCUGUUUCCAAACAAACGCUGUCUUCCGGAAGAUAUCGUUGUCAGACUCAAAGAACUCCUUAUACACGCACAAACAGAAUACAUUGAUCUUGGCGCAUCUCUAUCACCUUUUGCUUCGGACCAGGUUGAAAGCAUGCUCGGCCUUAUAGAUCCGCUAAUGAGCAGCCUCAACAAGGAGAAUGAACAUUCCGUUCGCAUCGUCGCUCGAUGUAUGGAACGAUUCUGCAUCGUCAACUUUCUAAACUUUUGUGGACAACCAAGUGCCCGAUGUAACACAAACAAACUGAUAUACGAAUAUUCCGACAAGCGCUCAGACACCAUCCUUUCUCGAGUCAUGAAUCUCGUUAUGUUUGGAUCCCCCAAUGCUCAUAGAAAGGUCCUUCACUGGAUAUUGGUCGAUAAAAAGAUUAUCCAAUUGGGGCGGUAUAGGAAUUUUACCGAUAGGCUCAGCAGCGAAUGGAAUGGAUACGCAAUAUUCUCUACUGUGUUACUUGCUGUCGACAUCAGCUUUCUCGCGAUCCCAUUCGUCCAGACUCAAACGUCCGCAAUCCUUGUAUCAUACCUGUCCACUUUGUGUGCCAUGGGCUCGUUUGUGGUCACACUAGUCUUCGCUAGACAACUUAAUGACGGCCGGCGAUACCCCGCUGAACGCGUGGCGUCAUUCAUGUUUGGAAUGAAAAGUUCUAUCGAGCGCCUUGCCCUGAUGCUGAGUCUGCCGUUUGCAUUCUUGAUUUGGGGUGUAAUAUUCUUUGCUGCAUCGUUGUCUAUUGUGAUUUUCCGCACUUCUGACGUUAUCACUGUCUCGAUUGCAUAUCCCAUUUGGGUCGCCAUAGUCAUCCUUGUGACAUGGCCCGCACUGGCCGGCCACAUUGGCACCCUAAAUAACUGGAUUAUGCGGCGGACCAUACGUCCGAUGCGCUGGGCCCUGCACCUGAAGUGGCAUCUCAGACCUGGGAUGCCGGGAGUCACUAGCUCUUCACGCGUCUAAUCUGAUGUGAUCAUGCUACGAACUUUACAUAGAGUAUAAGCCAGAAUGAUGACUAGAGAGGCUACUUUGAUAUCUAAUUCGAACAGCUAGCUUCUCGCGCUCGGUGGUCUCCGG